UUCUUUUAGACUUUCCAAGGUGAAUCUUUACACCGUGCUGAGUCUGUGGAUGGAAGCGUUCCCAUCUGAUAAACAGUACCACAGUUGUAGGAAUUCACAGGUUAAAAUAACUGGUCUUGUGGUAGUACAGAAUAUGAAAAUAAUUGGCUUGCACUGUUCCAGCAAAGACUUACAUGCAGGUCAAAUAGCAAUUGUCAAGCAUGCAUCAAAUCUUCGAGGCUGUGACCUGUAUUUCUCAAGAAAGCCAUGUGCAACAUGUCUGAAAAUGAUUGUAAAUGCUGGUGUCAAUAGAAUUUCUUACUGGCCUGCUGAUCCCGAGAUAAGCCUCCUGAAUGAAAUCGGCAACAGUACAGAUGCCACACUUGAUGCCAAAGCUGUGGAGAGGCUGAAGUCAAACAGUCGUGCUCAUGUUUGUGUAUUACUUCAACCUGUGCCCUGUUACAUGCAACAGUUUGUAGAGGAAACUUCAAAGAAGAGUGACUUCCUUCAGAAAAUUUGUAAAACUGAUCCUUCUUUUAAACUGGAUGAAUAUUUUGUGAAGUAUAGGAAAAACAAAUUCAGAGAGUUUGAGCAGUUAUUUCUAAUUUUAGAACCUGAGGUGCACAAAGAUAUCUUAAAGAAAAUUGGUUUGGAAAACCUCUGUGAAGAUCCCUUCUUUAGUAAUUUGAGGCAACACAUGAAUGACCUAAUUUUCCUGCUGGCAUCAGUGAAUGCUAGUGUUCCAGACAUUUCAGAUUUUGGAUUUUAUUGCAGGGAUUUGCAGGGAACUGAAAAUGUGCAUGAACAAAGCAUAUCACAAGAAACUGCAAGGCAUUGCAUGAUACAAGCCAGAUUACUAUCAUACAGAACAGAGGAUCAUAAAAUUGGAGUAGGUGCAGUUAUCUGGGCUGAAGGAAAAUCUGGCCAUUGUGAUGGCACAGGAACGUUAUACUUAGUUGGCUGUGGUUAUAAUUGCUAUCCUGUUGGCUCUGAAUAUGCAGAUUUCCCUCAGAUGGAUGAUCAACAGAAAGACAGAGAAAUUAGGAAGUACAGAUAUAUUAUACAUGCUGAGCAAAAUGUAUUUACAUUUCGCUGUCGUGAUAUAAAAGAAGAGGAAAAAACAAUGUUUUUUGUAACCAAGUGUCCCUGUGAUGAAUGUGUGCCUUUAAUUAAAGCUGCUGGUAUUAAACAGAUAUUUACAGGAGACCUAGAUGCUGGAAAAGUUAAAGAUGACAUAACCUACAAGACAUUCUCUGAACUACAAGGAGUAAGAAAAUUUAUAUGGCAAAAUAAUCCAUUCAAAGUCUCAGCAAGUACUCACUCUGUAUCUAGAAUACUGACAACUGCAGAGGAGAGGGCUCGCGACCUGGAGGCCCACUCAGGGCACCUAGCCAGGAUGCACUGAGAGUGUGAUGGCUGCUUGGAGUGAAGAUUGCCUGACGAAGGAUUUUCUCAAUAAGAGAAUAUGUGUGGAAGUAGAAUGAAGAAUUUUAAUUAUUUAUUUAAAAAAAACUGUAACACUUUCAUUUGCCAUUAAUUUUAAACGUUUUAUUUUUAGAUAAUUUAAAGUUAUUUGAGAUGGAACAAGUUA